AUGCCUUGUGGUAAAAGGCCUCUUGUGAAAAAUUGGGACAAGCCCAAACACUUACGCGUUAUAACCCCCUCUAGAUAUGAACAAAAUGAAGCCUCCGUCAAAGUUCAUUGGAAAAAGGUUAUUCGAGAUCUGGAGCUGUCCUACAAGGAUGAUAAAUUCUGGGAAAGCCAACGUGACACCGUCCAGGAGUUGGUGGGGCCCGCCAUCUUCGGCAGACUGAUGCAGAUGUUCAAGCUCCCUCCCGAGGACAAGCACUACGAACCGCAGCCGGACACUGCCUCUCUCCAGGCCUCCGAACUGUUCUACACAUUGGCAACUUAUGAGCAACUUCAAAGGAAGGAGUCUAGUUAUUCUGUAAGUGAAUUGGCCCCUUCAACAGAAGAAGCGUCUGUCGAAGAGGAAGAAUCUGACUGGGGCACAUCAUCAGACGCACUCGAUAAUCAAGCUUCCCGAUACAAAUCUAUGAUCAAAUCUAAAUCCACUUCGUCAAGACCUUUUACGUCGAAAAUGACUGUCUCAAGAGUGUCGACAAAUAAAUCUCUUAUAAGAAAAUCAUCUAUAAGAUAUUCAAAAAGGUUUUCAAACGUCCCACUGUCAUCCGACUCCCCAGCCUGUACCGAUGAUGAUUUAAUUGUUCAGGGUAGCAAGAAAUAUGGCAGAAAUAAUAGAAAAUCGAUAAUUGCAACGUUGGAGAAAAAUCCCCACUUUGACAUGCUGUACUGCAACGAAUCAGAAACCGACAUGAUCAAAUGGAACUCGAAGUAUAAACAGAAAGCGUUUGAAAUAUCAGCUUCUGAUGAAUUCAGUAAAAAAGCGGAGAUAUUGACUAAACAGAUUUCUAAAGAUUUCUAUGAUUGGUGGGUAGGUUUGGGCAACGUGGAGUUUAAGAGCGAAAUCAAACGGCCUGAAGACAUUGAAGACUUAUUCCAAGUUUUGUUCGACGAACACGCCUCGAGAUCGCUUGUUUUGGACCCGAAGAUACUACCUUGUGUAUUGCCGAGUAUUGCGAAGUUUGUCGGCGUACCUAAGGCCUCAUGCUCCAGCGUGCUUAAGCGGCAAAUCGCCUACGAUAUCCACGCGGAAACCAGCCCCGCCCAUAAAGAGGCCUUCGGCACAUGCCUCCCGCAGAGGAUGAAGCACAUUCCUCCCAAUAAUGACACCGAGAAGAUGUGGCAUUCUCUUGUUAUACCUGAAGAUCUUAAGACUAUGUCUGCUGUCUGGGAUGAAAUUUCCCAUCUGACGUCAACAAAAUCCUUCCACGCGUGGCUUCAAAAGCGGCCACAUCUUCCAAUGGCUAAGUAUUUGAAGUCCUUGGAGACUCCGGGAGACAAAAAGCAAACGUUUAUUGUACCAUCAGAUUUCGUACUUGCUAAGGAAGGAAGUAGUACUUCUACUCAGGACUUAGCGCUGCCUGUUUCGGAAUUCACUCUUGAACUGAAGGAAGUACUGCAAGAAAUUAUGAAUGACUAAUUUCAACCGUUAGUUAAUCACAUUGCUAGUGAAAAAUGUAUAUUGCAUUUGUUUUUUAACUAGCUGCACGUGUUCUUCUAACCACAUUUUCAGGAUGUUUUGAGAAUAUUGUA